AUGGCUGGCAGAGAAUUAGUAGAAGUAGGCAAGAAGGGGCUAGAUCUCUUAUAUGAACUUGAGAAGUCUCCACAGUCUGAAACACCAAACAUUGUAAAGGAUUGGAAUUACCUUCAUUUUAAUGAUGCUCAUAUAGACAGCCUACCUGAGUCCAUUGACAGGUGCAUCCAUGCUAGAGUAAUAGAGACUGCAUGUAACAGGUUAUCUUGUUUACCACAGUCCAUAUUCAAUAUGCCACAGCUCACAAAAUUGGACCUCUCUCUCAAUGCCUUCAAUUCAUUCCCUAUUGUACUAAGUGGCAUGACUAAGUUACAGAGUCUUAACCUGUCCUACAACCAUCUAUCUGAAUUACCCAUGCAGAUCAGUGGUAUGACGGGGCUUAAAGAUUUCAAUAUCGGUUUUAAUAAUUUCACUACAUUUCCCACAGCACUGUUUAACAUGAGUAAGUUAGAAACACUGACAAUAACUGGCAACAUGCUAUCUAACAUACCAGUUGAGAUCAAGGACAUGACCGGGCUUAGAAAAUUCUUUCUUUUUUGCAAUUGCUUCACUAUGUUCCCCAUAGCACUGUGUGGCAUGGGUAGCCUAAAGGAGCUGUACUUGGGUAACCUAAAGGGGCUGUAUGUGCAUCACAACCACAUAUCUUAUAUACCAGCAGAUAUUGUUUCAAUGACUGGGCUGGAAUCACUGGAUCUGGAGUCCAAUAACGUCACACACCUGCCACCUCAGAUAAGGAAUAUGAAAAGCUUGGUGGAAUUAAAUGUGAGGGGGAACCCUCUGGUACAACCACCAGAGCAUAUUGUUGACAGAGGUCUUGAUGCAAUCAAAAGAUAUUUUGAAGCAUUAACUACCACUGGGGCAAUCCUGUCAAGUAGAAUACAGGUCAACUUGCUUGGAGAAACAGUAGCAGGAAAAACUAGUCUUUCUCGCACACUGCAGAGAGGAACGUCAACACUCACAAUAUUAGCAGACAGGACAAGAGUGGUGGAACAGAUGACGUGGAAUUCCCACCAAGAUAUUGUUUUUAAUAUCAAUGACUUUGGUGGACAUGAUGUCUACAAAAUUGGCCAUCCCAUUUUCAUUUCCAAACAUGGCUUGGUCCUUAUCACAUUUGACUUAUUAAAAUAUGAUCCAGGAAAUAAGAAACAUUAUCAGUUCUAUAUUGGUAACUGGAUUGAAAAGGUACAAGCAAAAGUGCCUGGUGUAAAAAUGGCUGUUGUUGGAACUCAUGUUGAUAAAGUUGAAGACCUUGAUUCAAAAUGUGAUAAAGUUGAGAAACAGCUUAGAGAUCACAAGCAAAAACAACAGGAUUGGUGCAAAUCUCAAAUAAAGAAAAUUGAAGGGAACACAGAUGGAACCCAAACAUCCAUCCCUCCAGCCUAUGCAGACAAGAUUAGUAAACUGAUGGCCUUAAAAGAACAAGUCAAAAACAUCCCUGACAGCAUUUUCUGGGUGAGUUCCAAGACCAUGAAAGGAAUUAAGGAACUACAAGACUUCCUUGUUACUGUUGCCAAAGACCAUGCUGUACAAUUACCAAAGAUGUGGGUUGAAGCUGCCAGCAAUAUUUGCAACAAGAAGUAUGAUGACAGUCCCUGUAAUACACUUGAAUUGGAUGAGGUACAGAAGCUUAUCAAGCAGUAUGCUCCAGCAUCCUGGAGUCAAGAGGUGGAAACCUACAACAAAAAAGUUCACUUAGCAACUAAUGACAUUUUAAAUUUUCUUGCUGAUUGUGGAGACAUAAUUUGGUUUGAUUCAAGCCCUUCUCUGAAGAAAGUUGUGUUUCACAAGCAAGAAGUUCUUGUCAAUGUUCUCAAAGCAGUGCUCAAUCAUGACAAAGCUGAUGUUUUGUCAAAGCUGCUAAAGCCAAUGAAUAUGCCAAGACUUGAAGCAGAAGACACCCAAGAUAAAAUCUUCAACAGAGGCAUCAUAUCAAAAAAGGCAAUGGAGUUGUUAUGUGAACCUUUAUGUUUAUCAAGCACUGAAGUUACAAGCAUGGAAAAAUUGAUGCAGAAACUGGAGCUGUGUUAUCAAGUCCAGGAAGAGCAAUCCUUCCAUUUUCCAUGUCUUCUUACUCAGGAGAGACAGUCCGAGUUAGAUGAAAAAUGGCCCAGCAAGGUUUCUUCAGACACCACACAACUAGCGCUGGAGAUCCAUUUUCCAUUCCAGUGUCCAGAGGGCAUAUAUGAAAAACUAUCUGUUCGUCUGCACAACUUCCUUGAACAUACCUUGACUGAGCAUAUAGAUUGGAAGGAUGGAGUGUAUGCACAGCUUCAAAGUUGCCAAAUGCAGCUGUCUCGAGAGGAGAGACAUCAACAGCGUGAAAUGGCCAACAGUACCACAGAUUGGGUCAUCACUAUAGCCAUCCGAGGAUCAGAUCUUUUAGAGAUGUGGCCUGUUCUUUCUCGAGCUCAUGAUUACCUCAUGGCCAUUAUUGAAGAGGACUGGCCUGGGGUGUCUUAUGGCAAAUACCUGGUGUGUCCACACUGUACAAGUGAAGACCGUGAGGAGCCAACUCGCUUUAAAAAAGAAAUACUUGAAGGUGUCAACAGACCAACGAACGUGCUAUGCAAAAACACUGGUAGAUACAUUUCUGCAGACCUGGUCUACCCACCACACUGGAAGCAAGUUGUCAACAAGAACAAAGAUGUGCUGAGGCAAAAGAUCACAGAACCUGAUCUCCAUUACUUGAACAAUCUCUUUUUCCAAGAAGGCAUCUUUUCUGACUAUGAAUAUGAGUGGAUAAAGGAAUCGCCUGAAAAAACUGCUGUCUUCUUGGACUUCCUGACCACGAAAUCUGACAAGGCAUUUGAUAUUCUCUGUCAGUUUUUUGUUGAGCCUGAGCGGUAUAAGCUUCUUGAGCUAAUCAAGUACUAA